AUGAACAGUCGGCUCGCUCCAGGCGACGGAAGCCUCACCGUCUCGCUCGACAACCGAUCGGACGCGCACUUCUCGUCGAUCCAGUUCUCUUACCCUCUCAAGCUUAUCGUGCCCAAGAGGCGGUUCCUCCCGGGCGUGCAGUGCGUGUACGUGUUGUCCUACGGAGGGGGACUCGUCGCGGGCGACAGGGUGCGGCUCAAGGGCGAGGUGGGGAAGGGCGCAACGCUGAUAAUGUUGACACAAGGCUCGACCAAGGUUUUCAAGCUACGGCCAGGGAGAUACUUGCACGCCCCUCACCUGAGCGAAUCCAGCACGACCGAGCAACUCUUCCGCCUCUCCAUCGCUCCCUCCGCCACCCUUGUCCUCCUUCCGGCUCCCGUCACCUGCUUUUCCCGCGCUCGAUAUUCGCAACGACAAGUUGUCCACCUUCUCGACCGGACGAGUAGUCUCGUCCUACUGGACUGGUACACCUCGGGACGGAUGGGGAUGGGAAACGGAGAAGAGUGGGAGUUCGACAAGUACCGGAGCGAGAACGAGAUCUGGCUGGAAGGUCGACGGAUAGCGAAGGACGUCAUGUUGCUGGAGGACGAGAUCGAGCGGGACGUCGGCGAAGGCAUCGACAACACAGACGCGGCGCGACUACCGACUACCUACCGUUCUCGAGUCGCACCUUACGCCUGUUACGCCACCCUCUUCCUCUUCGGUCCCGCCGUUGCACCUCUGCUCGCCCACCUCUCCACGUCCUUCGCCGCAAUAUCGCAGUACAAGCAAUCUCUGCCGUACUCGCUCGUCUGGAGCUUCUCGCAAUUACCGGGCCACCCAGAAGGCGCAGGCAUCGCGCGAUGUGCAGGAGCGUCGACAGAAGAGGUCAAAGAGUGGGUUGUGCACAUGCUAGAGGAGGGCGGGAUUGAGAAGCUGAUGGGGCGGGACCUCUGGCGAACCGCAUUCAACUAG